AGGGUUCGUGCAAGUAAAGCAAUCUUGGUCUGAAUCUGAUCAGCGAAAAAAAAAAAAGGUUAUAUUUCCAUGCACACCAGCAAAAGCAGCUGUCAGCUGGUGAACGACAAAUUGUUUGUUCCCAUGUAUCCAAUUAGAUUUUCCGAUGUUAACGGUCUUAAAAGACCCGUGCCCGUUUUCGGGUCCGAACCCGAUAACAUCAAAACUGUAACUACAAUGAGCUUCUGCGUAAUGGCCGGCUGCAUUAGACUCGACGGCCCAAAUAACACCGGCCCAGAAAAAAUGGGCUCGAGAAAAUUAGGCAAAAACCCUAGCCGGAGUUUUGGAAAACCGGAAAGUGGACCGGCGAAAGCUUGUGCACGUGGCCACUGGAAACCCUCGGAGGAUGCUAAGCUCCGGGAGCUCGUGGCUUUGUACGGCCCGCAAAAUUGGAAAACCAUAGCCGAAAAUCUCGAAGGAAGAUCAGGGAAAAGUUGCAGGCUGAGGUGGCACAACCAGUUGGACCCGAAGAUAAACAAACGGGCCUUCACCGAAGAAGAAGAGGAGAGACUAAUGGAGGCCCAUCGGGCCUAUGGCAACAAAUGGGCUUUGAUCUGUAGGUUAUUUCCGGGCCGAACAGAUAAUGCCGUGAAGAAUCACUGGCAUGUCCUCAUGGCCAGAAAAUACAGAGAGAAAUCAAAACCCUACUUCAAAAAGAAGAGUUGGAUAAAUUCUUGCGAUGAUGAUGAUGAUGAUGAUGAUGAUGAUGAUCUUGAGAGGAGCUCAUUAAUGGAGGAAAGACGUGCAUUGGUAAUAAAAAAUAAAAAUCCCCUCAACAAUAUUGUUUCACAGCUCCAAAAUCAAUGUGGCUAUAUGAGCAUGAGGUCCUGGAAAAUGAGCGGGAAAAUUGAGUUGUGGCCUUCACAGUCAACCUAUUCAGAUGGUCAAAAUAAUCAUCAACCUGUGUUGACUGAUUUCAUGCAAUCCACUGCAAAAUCGCCUGAAUUUAUAGACUUUCUUGGAGUUGGAAACAAA